UGCCUAGAAAUCCCACGUGCUUCUGAAAAAGUCGCUCCCGUACCGAGGCAUUGCACAUAAAAGUUCGCCCAACACGGUGCUGAUCUACAUUUGCGCACUUCGCUGCCGAGGUCUAAGUGAGCAGCGUUGUAUGUGCACCUAUCGUUCGAAACGGAACAUCUGAAAUCUGCUGAAGGAAAAUCACAGUUCUGCUGGGCGUGAUCCAGACCACGAACUGGUUCAUGACCGCUGCUGGAUACAGGGCGGGCGGCUCGAUUACGAUGAGGUGGGCAGCACUGUGUGUUGUUGCGACGGUGUUGGCCCUCGCCGGGUUUGCGAAUGCCAAGGUGGUGGAGCACGACUUCGAGGUGGCGUACGUCGAUGCAGCUCCGGACUGCUACGCAAAGACGGUGAUUGGCAUCAAUGGCGUUUACCCAGGCCCGACCAUUCGUGCAGUGCAGGGCGACAUUCUGAAGAUUACGUUCCACAACUAUAUUGCGACGGAGGGGAUUACGAUGCACUGGCAUGGCAUUCGUCAGGUGGGAAGUGCGUGGGCAGACGGCACGGCUGCGGUAGCACAGUGCCCCAUUCUAUAUGGGGAGAGCUUCACGUACGAGUUUAUUGUCGACAGGCCGGGGACGUACUUCUACCAUGGGCACUUCGGGUCCCAGCGUGCGGCUGGGUUCUACGGCGCCCUCAUUGUGGACCUGCCCGCGGGCAAGCACGAGCCCUAUCACUACGACGGCGAGCACAUGAUUAUCGUGAACGAUUGGUGGCACAGGCCGAUUGUGACUCAAGAGCAAGGCCUGGAAGCAAUCCCAUUCAAGUUUGUCGGAGACCCUCAGUCGCUGUUGCUGGAGGGUCGUGGACGGUACAAUUGCUCCGCCGUCCCUACUUACACGCCGGCCGCCAUCAGCUGCAACCAGACCGAUGAGAGAUGCGCACCUCACGUGAUGAAAGUGGAGCGCGGCAAGACAUACCGACUGCGUCUUGCCAGUGUGGCUUCCCUGUCGUCCCUGAACUUCAAGAUCGAGGGCCACAAGAUGAAAGUGGUGGAGGCGGACGGGCACAACGUGCAACCCUUCUGGACAGACAACCUGGACUUGUAUUCCGGAGAAACUUACUCUGUCCUCGUGAGUGCCAACAUGCCUGGGGACAAUUACCAUUUGGGGCUGAAUGUGCGCGGCCGGGAGGAUCACAACGUGCCCACCGGGCUUGGCAUCCUUAACUACAAUAAUGCGCCCGUGAGGCAGCCCAGUACUCCAGCGCCCAAGGGCCCAGCGUGGGACGAUUUCGAAGCCAGCAAGCGCCAGGCCAGGAAGUACAAGGCUCUGAAGCACAACCCCGACCCCACGAGCCACGCCUUGGACAGGCACGCCAAGGUCACGCGCACCCUCAUCUUGCUCACCACCCAGCAAAAGCUCAAGGGACACAUCAAGUGGGCCAUCAACAACGUGACCUACGCGCCGCUGCCGACCCCGGUGCUGGCGGGUCUGGUGUACAACAUCUCUGGUUCCUACGACACCGCUCCCCCUCCGGACAAGAUGCCCGCGGACUACAACAUCUACGCUCCUCCGCCGGUUACCGAGACCAACAAGGGCAGCGGCGUGUACCAGUUCAAGACCGGUGACGUGGUGGACGUGAUCAUCCAGAACUGCGGCAACCUGCAGAACAUCAGCGAGAACCAUCCGUGGCACUUGCACGGCCACGACUUCUGGAUCCUGGGCUACGGAGACGGCAAGUACGACCCCAAGACGUCCCCCAAGACGUUCAACCUGAAGAACCCGCCCAUGCGCAACAACGUGCCGACAUUCCCUUUCGCAUGGACCGCCAUUCGGUUCAAGUUGGACAACCCCGGCGCGUGGCCGUUUCACUGUCACAUUGAGUGGCACGUCCACCUGGGGAUGGGUGUGGUGUUUGCUCACGGAAUCGAGGAAGUGCGUGCCAAGGGCAUCCCUAACUCCGUUCUCGGGUGCGGCUUAACUAAGCAGCUGUUCAAGUUGCGCUAGGCGCAUGUGGCCUUGGCGCACGAGGCGUGGAAUUCCAGGUCGACUGAGGGGAGGCAUUGCGAAUGGGUCCUUCGUUGCGUUUGUGAGCGUCAUGAUCUGGACAUGAUUGAGGUUUGCGUUUCGGGGGCGCCUGGCCGGCGCUGGAAUGCGGAACUUGACAGGGGCAUUCGCGGACUCCCCUGGAGUCGUGAGAGGGUACACGGAUUCUAUGAGUGAGAUGCUGUCAGGUGGACGUUGAUGUCAUUCGUAAGGUAGUGAAGAGAUGAGUUUCUCGUAGAGAUGUGUUCAAUAACAAAUUUUUCAAGCGCUGAGACUGAUUGCCAGUUGAGCGCGCAUCCAGUUCAGUGGAUGUGUCGGAAGGAAUGAAUGUGCGGAGGAAUAAAUCCCCUUUUCGUCCA